AUUGCAUAUUAAUUAAUUGUUAUUACAGUUUUUUUUUCAACUGCGUAGACACAUUUUCAAAACUUUGUCUCUUUUUUUCAAAACUUUACACACAAAUCCAAGAAUUACACACACAAAAUGCAAAAUGCCUCAGAUCUCUUGCAAAAUGAAACACUGCAAUCAAAAUAUCACAAACACAUCUCAAAAGCAAACAUUUGUCUUACUUUGCAAACACAUUUGCCAUAAUAUUCUAUUUUUGGAUAUAUCAUAUACACACAGUUAUUCAAAACCUAAAGCUCUUCUUUCAUAAGCUGCUAUGUACAUUUCUGUACAAGAUUGAAAGUAAUUGGCAGAUAGAGGUUGAAAAAUUCAUGGUAAGCAUGAAAGCAAGAUUGUGUCACCGAGACGAGCUCCGUGGUUCCCUCCUCUGACCAUCGGAGGGAGCCCUCGCCCGAAUACUGACUCACACACGCAUACACUACAUUUCCCAUCAGCCCGUACCUUGGACCAAUCAUCAUCACGCACAGCUGAAACUCAUUACCUGGACUAUUUAAGACUCACACUCACUCCACCUCUUUGCGAAGUCUUGUAUUGACCCGUUGUGUAAAAUUCUGAGCGUUAUUAUUCUGUCUGCCUGUUAUUGAUCCUGUUUGCCACCUGUUUACGAUUCUCUGCCGCCUACCUCUGACCUGUGCUUUGUUCCCUGACUUGCGAGUGAUAUCUGCCAGCCUUGAACUACUGCCUGUAUACUGACCAUGAUUCUGCCUGUCCCGUUAUACCUGUUUGACCAUGCUCUGCUCUAAUAAAAGCAUGCAAAUGGAUCCCAGCCUGAGAGACGAUUCAUUACAGAUUGAAACUUUUUUUUUUUUUUUUUUUUUUUUUUACUGUAAGCAUUUGUGGUUGUGAAUACAGUAUUGCACAGUAUGAAAGAAAAUAAAUACAUCAACCAUGUGUAGUUGGACGAAACAAACAAACAAACAAACAAAACUAGCAACCAAAAAACUAGCAUAAUUUUGAAAAAGGUGAAUAUUCCAAAGGAAUGGUGUGUAUGUGUGUCCUGGUAGGGGACCAAAUGUCCCCACAGGUAAAGUAAUACCAGUGCAUUUUGACUUUGUGGGGACAUUUUUAAAGUCCCCAUGAGGGAACAAGCUUAUACAUAAAUCAUACAGAAUGAUGUUUUCUGAACAUCUAAAAUAGCAGAAUGUUUUCUGUCACGGGUAGGUCUAGUGGUAAGGUUAGUGUAAGGGGAUAGAAUAGAGAGUUUGUACGGUAUAUAAAAACCAUUAUGCCUAUGGAAUGUCCCCAUAAAACAUGGAAACCUAACAUGUGUUUGUUGUGUAUGUGUUUGUUGGUGGGCGAGAUGGUUGGGUGUUUCUAGCUCCAUCUCUCCUCCUGGCUGGGUCCAGCCACAAUACUUCAUCCACGUCACAUACUAUAUUCUCUCCAACCUUAGAUGGAAGCAGCGUCAGUGUCUCCACAUGCCUCUUCCAUUGCCUGGAGAAGUAUUAUGUUGACAUAGGGACAACAAUCAUGCGCUUUCCAGCACCAUGUGGAGAAAAAAUCCUCAAUAGGGUUUAGAAAUGAUGAAUAUGGAAAUAGACAACAGAAAAGUUGUUAUAGGCCUAUUCUAAAGCCAUGAUUGAUUGGUGUUAAGUAAAGCAAUAAGUGUUUGCGUAUGUGAGGAGUUAGUGUGAGGCACUGAUGAAUUAGUGUGGCAUUUUGAUUAGUUGUGUUUGAAAAAGGAAAUCAAGAUACUUCCUGUUAGAUUUUUGUGUUAUAUAGAGAAUUGUGUGUUGUGUUUUGCAAAAAGUGUUUUAUGAAAUUGAAAAAUUAGUCAAAGGCCGAGAAUUAGUGUGUGGUUUUGCAGAUUAGGUGUGUGGUUUAUAUGUGAUUUAGUUCCUAAUAUUUUUUUUGGGCUAAUGUGAGGAAUUUUUCACAAAUGUGGGAAAUUGUGAGAAAAACAAAAAACAAAAAAAAAAACAAUGUGAUAAAAAAGUUAAAAUGGUGACUCCUUAUAUGAUCCGAAUUUGAUUUAAACCUUUUAUAAAGUAAAAUAAGAAUAAUAAACAGUAUUUCCUAUUCAUAUAGGCCUAUAGCAUAUAUAGCCUAUGUGUGUGUGUGUGUGUGUGUGUGUGUGUGUGUGGGUGUGGUUAAAUGACUGACAUUGGAGUGUAGCCUACUUAAAUUUAUCCACAUAAAUGUCUUAUAAUUUCAGGACCAUUUACAAUUUGCUAAUAUAUAGCGACAUUAUCGGUCCAAUAAAAACAAUCCAGUGAACGAACGAAAUUUUAAAACGUGUAGCUUAUCAUCAACCGCUCGACUGUCACGCGCCGGUUCGCGUCACUUUAAAAUUCAAACAGAAAUAACGGCUAUAACGUAUCUGCUUAUGAGUUGCUCAGUCGCGAUGAGUGGAAAUAGCUUAAGUGGUCCUGGAAAAACACGCUUUCCAGGCCUUAAAUAUUUCGUAAAAGAAAGACAAGCAGAGUGUGUUGAAGGGAACGAAAAUGGGGAGAAAAACGAAGCUGAAGGCGAAACCUAUCGCUGGGUCUUGCACCCACGGAGUCACUUCAGGCAUUACUAUCUUGUGUUUAUGGUGGUCCUAACAUUCGUAAACCUUAUAACAAUUCCUCUAGACAUGGCAUUUUCUGAUGAUAUGCAUGAUAGUGCCCACAAAUACUGGGUGGCCUUCAAUGUAUUCUCAGACGUCAUGUUUUGUAUUGAUGUUGGCUUUAACUUUCGAAUGGGUGUUUUCAAUGAAGACGGUCAGGCCAUCCUUGAUCCAAAAAUAAUAAGAAAGGAUUAUUUCAGUUCUUGGUUUGUUCCUGAUGUGGUGGCUGCAUUUCCGGUCGACAUUAUCAUUAUCAUUGUGGAGCAUUUUUAUCACGCUGACACUAUUUCACUGGUGGCUUCGAAGAUGGUGCGGAUACUUAUGUUUGUGAGGGUUCUCAGUCUGAUCCGUUUACUCCGUGUGCCAAAGCUUCUGAGAUUCUGCUUUGAAUUGGAAAGUGUCUCCGAUAUACAGCUCGAAGUAGUCAGGAGGUCAUUCAGGGUUUUCUUUGUUUUCCUGAUGAUGGUCCUCAUUUGGCACUGGAACACUUGUGUUCAGUACUUCCUAUCUGUAAUGGAAGAGUUUCCCCCAGACUGCUGGGUUGUACAAGAGAACAUUGUGAAUACCUCGAUCGGGGAAAAAUACUCCUAUGCUUCCUUCAGAGCUUUCUCUCAAAUGGCCUGGAGAUCAACUGAAUCGAUUUACUCACCAAGACGUGUGGAUGAACGGUGGAUAGCUAUUGUUAGUAUGGUGAUUGGAUAUAUAAUGUGUUUUGCAUUUAUUUCUUGCUUGAUCAGUGCAGUUGGAUGCAUGUCUGUGACUGGCAAUGCAUACAAGAUAAAGAUGAACCAGCUACAGUCCUCCACAAUGUUCCAAAAGCUGCCCAGAAUGUUGCGCCAACGGACCACUGCCCAGUACAAGUGGCAGUGGGAUAAGGAGAACAUCCUUGACUUGUUGUCAGAACGGCUCAGAAAGGAUAUUAUGGCAGAAGUAUGUUCCAACCUGCUGAACAAAGGCUCCAUGUUUAUGAAGCUUAACAGAGAAUUCACUGAAGCCAUCUUGAUAAAGUUGGAGAAUGAGUUCUUCAAUCCAGGUGACAUCAUCAUUCUUCAGAAUUCUGCAGUUGACCAUAUGUUCUUCAUUGACUAUGGACGGGUGCUGGUGAAGAACGAAUCUUUCCACAUGGAGCUGUGUGAUGGAGAUCACUUUGGAGAGAUCAGCUUCCUAUUUGGUGGAAGGCAGUUGGCCACAGUUUCUGCUCUGACCAGCUGCAGCCUUUUCUCCCUGUCAUUGCAAGAUUUUCAGGAGAUUGAGAAAGAGUUCCCACAUGUUGUGGACGAACUGAGGGCAGCAGCUCAACAGCUUAAAAAUGAUCUAGAAAGUGAUGAGCUGUUUCUCCAAGUUACAUCAACAUCGAGCAGUGUGUGAGAAGACAGACUAGCAUGUAGUGUGUUUGUUUUUCAUUUAAUAUCUUGAAUAAGAUUAUUUUAUUUUCAUAAUUUAAAAAAAGUUAAAUAACAUUCAAACUAGGUGUUUAUAGUUUUAGAUGUUUAAGGUGCUGUAAUCAUAUAAUUUUAAUAUAAUUUUUAUUGUAAUAAUUAUUAAUAUACUUCACAAAACGUAUCAAUACAAUUUUCAAUACAAUAAAGUAUAUGUAUAAAGUUACAUAUUCUUGUUACAUAUGUAUUGUUACACUACUGAACUCCAAAUAAAUAAAUAAAUAACCACUGUCAAUAAAAAUCUUGGAGCUAAGAUCUUUUUGCACUAUUUACAUUUUUCGACAGUAAUUAGUAUGCGGUUGAGAUUUGCUACAGUAGAACUGUAUAACUAUGUAACUGUCUCCGGGUAAGGUUGGAUAUACUUAUGGUAGUUGUAUAAUUCAUUAAAAAUAAUUAAUUCGUUAUUGAAUUUUUUUUUCCGUAAUUGAUGAUAUCAAGCAUUAUGACACCAGUGAAGUUUUGUUAAAUUGAUAACAAUUUGGUGUAGUGGCAAGCCUUAUGGCUAUAUGGCCAUGAGCCAUUCACAGACAGAAAAAGACAAUGUGAAGUGAC